AUGUCGCGUAUGGGUGGAAGAGACCGAGUGGACAGAGCAGAUGAUAUCAGCGCGUUAUCCCUCGACAUCGCCCGUCGCGCGAGCGUUUCCCCGGGUCAGGCUCAGUCGACUGAGAGAGAUGACGAUGCCAAUUCCAAUACCAGCUCGUCUAGUGAGGAGGAUGCGCAAAGAGAACAUCUACAACCAGCACGCCGGGAAGAGGAUGAGCAUCCCAAAAGCUGGAUUCCAUACACUUUUCAGCACCGAUAUCUAUUUUCACUCAGCCUGAUUACGCUGAUACUCUGUCUCCUGUGUUUUCUGUUCUUCUGGUGGUCCGAAACACACUAUGGGUUAGGCAAGGACGAUGGUUCCUCGGCCCUGGUGUUUGGCUGGAGAUUUAGCCCGACGCUGAUCACCGUGAUUUACAUUCAACUUAUUGCGAUGCUGUUCGAAGACGCCAAACGCACAGAACCCUUUGCGCGCUUAGCACGCCCAGCUGGCUCCAGUGCAGCGGCCAGCAUUCUUCAGUCACCCGCACCGUGGUGGAUUGCGCUCCGCGACAGCUUCUCUCGCAAGAAGAAUGGCAGUCGUAAACCGAACUGGGUGUUCCUCUGCGCGACGAUCGUCAACAUCCUCGGAUUCCUUGCCAUCUCGCCUCUGUCAUCGGCCUUUUUCGUAUCGGAAGAUGUUUCAGUCCCACGGAAGGUGAGCUUUCGCCGUUUGUCGCCACGGGUCGACUCUAAGAUGCCCUUGGAUAUCGAUCGAACGACGUAUUUUCGGACAAUUGGGAACCUGCUGCGGAAUGUCUCCACGUCUCCGUGGAUCACCGAUACCUACACAGCUCUUCCUUUCUGGCCGGCAUAUUGGCAGGACGAGCCGCUGACCUCGCUCUCAUCCGAGGCCUCGCAGACAUGGACGGCAGACACCAUGGUCUUCCGCAGUGAACUCGACUGCACGUCAAUGUCAGUUGCAGACAUCGGUGCCAAAAACACAACUUAUGGCAAUUUUACAGACGUCCCUUCAAUAUCUGCAAACUGGACGUCAAAUGACGGAUGCCAAUUUGGCCUCGCCGUGCCCAUGGUUCACGACAUGGUUCGAUAUGGCGGAGGCAGCUGGUCCAACACUUCCGGUCUUCUCUUCAUGGGCAAACAGUCUUUCACCGACGGGCAGGUCAACAGCGAGUUGAGCUAUGUCAGUUCCUCCCUUGCGCGAGGGUGUGAACAAAAGGAGGUCAUCAUUCUGUCAGAGCCACUGACAACAGCAGACGGUCAGCCGAAGGCUCUACUCUGCAGCACGACGUACACCAUGGCGAAUGUAAACGCCACCAUGACUUUGUCGGCCGAAGGGUCGCAUCUCUCGUUUGAUGAAGGCGAGUACAAUAGGAAGAAGACCGAGGUGCCAGCAAAGUUAAUCAACUCCACGCAUUUGCAGGAUCUGAUCCUUUCACCUGACUGGUCACGGUACAUGACCUCACUUAUCUGGACGGAUAGCCCUGACAUGGGGGGUCCAUCAGUGUUACUGGGUGCUCUGUAUACCUUCAAUAUGAGUAACCUUCUGACCGAUCCCGAUCUGCUUUCUCGGAUCUCAAGGGUCAAGCAGCGCAUCUUUGGCGAAGUGUUGCAAUCAGCGCUCGCCCAACCAGAGGUGGCGUCCAAGCAGGAAAUCCUCGGAGAGACGGAGACGGUCGAGAGACGAGUGGUAGUUGUUGCCGGCCCAGCCAUCGCCAUGGGGGUACUCUUUUUUGUUUCCCUUUGUCUUCUACUCGCGAUCUGGUGGCUGUCUCGCCUUCGUAACAGGCCCCUGAGGCUCGACAGUGAUCCUGCAACAGCGGCUUCUGUAGCCCAUCUCAUUGCAGAUAACGACCGGACGAGGAUGUUCUUCCGAGAGUUAGAUCAGUCGUCGCGGAAAGUGAUGGAGAUAGCCUUGAAGGACAGGCGCUACCGCAUCGAUGAGGAAGGCAUUUCAGAAGUGUACUCAGGCCUUCCAAACAACCCCUGUUUCAACCAGGAUGGGCAGAACUAUCAGCUGGCUUCGGUGACCAAGUGGACUCCAAUCAUCCUGCGUCGCCCAACCCUGCUUGCAAUGAUCGUCUGCCUCAUAGUCACUAUUGUAGGUAUCAGUGUGCUUUACCACUUUGCAGAAACAUCCGAGCUGUACCAGCAAGCAUUCAUCUAUCAGGCUAGCAUCACGAUCUUCAACAAGAAUCUGCCUACCAUCGCUCCCUUCUCAAUGAUUCCGACCCUGAUUGCGGUGAUCAUUGGCCUGUGGUGGACAGCCAUUGAUGAUGCAUUCCGUCGCUUGCAGCCGUUCCUUGCCAUGUCUAGGGGCUCGCCUCAAUUAUCCAAAGGAGUCUAUCUUUCAUAUCAAUCGUCCUACUGGAUCUGGGCUGCAGCGAAAGCCGCCUUCAAUCAGCACUGGCUGCUGUUUCUGAUCACAUCUGGGACAGCCCUGUCUCCCAUCUUUACCACCUCCAUGUCUGCACUUUUCGAACGUUCACCGGGCGACAUCACCGAAUUUGUUACACUGAGCCGCCAAUUGGAGGUUCGCCAGAUCCCUCUCGUCUUUGAAACGAUGGAGAACGCCGGUGCUCAGUUCCUGAACGAUUAUGCAUCGCAGGUAAUCCAAAAUCUCUAUCGCAAUCUUUCCUCCCAUUGGAUGUACUCGGCACCGAUUCAGCUUGCAUUGAACGGCUCCCAACCGGCUUGGAGUCAAGAGGGUUGGAAUUUUGUUCCGGUCGACCUCAGCAGUAUUAGCACAUCGUCCCCAUUGCUUGCCAGCAAUGCACUGGACCAGGAAAAUGUCCCCGUCGCUCCCGCCGUCAAUGUGUCGCUACAGACGCCUGCUCUCAGGGGUCGAAUCGAAUGCAGCCCUUUUUCGGACCUCCUCAACCUGUCAUCUUGGCUGAGCAUUGACGACCUGAGCAACAGGACCAUAUGGGAUAGCAGUACGACUCCCAAGGAUGUAAAGAUAGGGUACGAACUAGGAGCAUUGCGACGGACGCCCGGCAUUCCAAACAUGAUGUACUCAGCAUCAGCAAUCCAGAAUCGAUCAACAUGCCUGGGAUGCACGUCCGUGUUUGCCAAUCCAUCCCAGAUCAUUUGUUGCGGAAACUCUAGUGAUCCGGUCGGCUCCAAUGUCGCUGUAGGGUACUGGUCGCCGAAUGCCGGGGAUAGCUGGUCGGCUCGUUCGUGGCAGCACAACUUCACGACCAAAUGGAUUUCUGGACGCGCCAAAGGAGGAGUACACAGGAUCAGCCGAUAUGGGGAAGAUCGGGAAGAUCAUCUUGUCUUCAUGUCGGUCCCGUCCAUCACAGCUAUGAAUUGCAACCCCAUUGUUGAAUCGGCCAAUGCAGAGGUCCUGGUCAACCCAAUCACCGGGGAGAUUCAAUCAUACAAGAUUCUGGACGAGCCUCAGAUGGAGUCCAGCGCCUUCUCCGACGUAUUUCUACCUCAUGCCGGUGGAUUCGUGAACCGCAGCACCGGCCUUAUGGUCUACAACGCCACUGUGAGCUACGGCCCACUGUUCCUGACCUCCAUGCUCACCGCGGCGGAUACUAUUCGAAUGUACGGAUCAACACGGGUGGGUGGUUUCAUGUCUGCAGAGAACGUGUACGACAAUACGUUCAAUUUCCGCGAUGAAACAGCGGGCCUGAACCUAGAUCUGAUGACCUAUGCAAUGUUCUCCAUGGCCCGACAGGAUCCGUCCGCUCUCCUCGACAUCGACACCUUCCAAUCCAUGGCACAAAAGACCUUCUCAACCUUUUUCCAGCACUUCGUCAGCAACAACGUUUCGAUGAUCACUGGCGGAUGGGCCUAUCAAUCUAUCAACGCCAGCUUACCGCCGGACCUGGGGCUAGCGAUGGAGGAUGCCUACUCGGCAUCUGGCGCUUCACGAGCGAGGUUAUCUGACUAUCAGGAUGUACGGCAGCCUGUUUCGCAUACCAAUCGGACCGUCGUAGCGAAGGUUUCUCGGCGGGUGGAGCUGCUCCAGAUGAACACGGUCGCUUUGGGAUUGAGUAUCGGCAUCCUAGCUUGGCUCAUGAUCGUUACAAUUGUGAUUGCCGUGCUCCAGCGACAGUAUCUGGGGAGCUUGAUCCGGAAUAUCGAAUGUCUGGGCGAUGUUCUAGUCUUGGUUGCUGGUAGCGAUAAGUUGGUCCGAGUCGUGAGAGAGAUCAACCGCGGGGCUCUGAAGCAGGAUGAGCUCGAUAAUCUCCAUGCCCGUCUCGGCUGGUUUGUGGAUACGCAGGGGAGAUUGAGAUGGGGGAUCGAAGUGGAGGAGGACAUCAUGAACGUGCCACGAACAAAGUGGGUUUCUGCACCUCGUGAUGCUCAGAAACAGGAGAGUAUCGUACGCGAGCAGGCGAUCUUGAUAGAUAGAGACGAUUAA